AUUAAAAGCCCUUUUAAGUUGUUUAUUUAUGAUUGUGAAUUACUGUUACUGAAACUCAUUUUUGGAUUCAAUUUACGAUAUAUAAAAAUUAUAAAUGGUCGAGUUUUCACGACGUUUGCCGAGUUGAUGUACGGUGUUGACAAAAUCUCAGUUUCUCGUAGUCGCUGUGUUCGUUCAUUCUUAAGCUGUUCAUCAUGAUUCCAAAGUUGAUAGUGUGCUUUUUGAGUUUAAUUGUUUUUGUAUCUUCCGAACCAAUCAGUAUAUCUUUGAACAGACUCCGCAGUCCAUUAAAAUUUUUAUUGGCUAACCAUGAAGAACCUCGCUAUAAGAAGAUCAUUCAGCACCUGGAAGACCUUAAAGAUGCACCUCAUACUGUUCCAUUAUUUAAAUUUCUUGACUAUGAGUUCUAUGGUGAUGUUUUGAUUGGACAUCCAGGACAACGGUUCAAGGUUGUUUUUGAUACUUCAUGGGGCGAUCUUUGGGUUCCAUCUAUACUCUGUCCAGUUUUAGAUAUCGCUUGUAUUAAUAAAAAUAAAUAUGAUUCAGCUAAAUCAUCAACAUACAAACCGACUGGCAAAAAAUUUAAUGUAAAUUUAGGAAGUUACAAUAUAACUGGAAAAAUAUCAUCUGAUUUAGUACAAAUUGGACAGAUUAAUAUUACAGGACAGACUUUUGGAGAAGUAAUGAGUUUACCAUAUCAAGAAUAUUUGUUUUCUAAAGCAGAUGGUAUUUUCGGACUUAGUUUUGAUGCCGCUGCCGUUUCUGAUGGCAUUACACCUUUCUUUUACAACAUGAUAAAACAAAAAACUGUAAAGAAGGAAAUUUUUUCUUUUUACUUCAACAGAGAUUUGUCAACUGACAAGGGAGGCGCAUUGCUCCUUGGAGAUGUGGACCCUAAGCAUUACCGGGGAAACUUCACUUAUGUAAGGGUUGAUCCAAGAUCUGGCUAUUGGCAAAUUCCUGUUGAUGGUGUUUAUCUCAAGACAUCCCAAGGUAAAACACAGUUUUGUAAAGGAGGAUGUAAGGCUAUAUUUGAUACAAGCACUAACGAAAUCAGAGGGCCUACAGAAGAAAUCCAUCAAAUUAACCAACUUUUAAAAGCACGAAGAUUUUAUUUUAAUAGAUUUAUAAUUGACUGCGGAAGAGUACCAAUGCUUCCUCACAUAACCUUCGUUAUAGGAAAGCAGUUGUUUGAACUGAAAGGACCUGAUUUUGUGCAGAAAAUGAGUUGGGGCCCUGUCACUGUUUGCCUAUCUUCAUUUACACCAUACGAAGGAGGCAGUUGGACUUUAGGUGGUGCGUUCAUGUCCCAGUAUUAUACACUCUUUGAUAUGGAAAAUUAUCAAAUAGGUUUGGCUAUAGCUAGAUAAAAUGAGCUUAUAUUCGACAAGUUCUUACAGUUUCGUAAGCUUUGAAUAUUUGGUAUUUGUAUAGAGUUAAUUCAAAUAAACAUGUUUUGAAGACUAACAUUUCUUAAAAAUAUAUAUUUGUAAAUAUUUGGUAGAAAUAAAUUUUCAGAGUUAUAUAUAAAUGAUUUGAUUUAAAAUUGUGAUCAACAAAUAAUUAAUAAAGUACUUAUUACUUUGUUUUAAACCUUUAUUCAUCCAAAGAAUCAAGUUAGGUUUUAAAUGUAUUUAUAAUAAAUACGGUCAAUAACUGAAGCUUUGAAUAUAAAGAUUUAUAAAGUUGUAAAAUAUUGUAAGUUGCUAUGUCCACUGUUCUUUUCAAAUUAUAUUAUAAUAUAAAACUA